AUGACGCCGCAGCUCGAUGCUCCGGGCGCGGCGGACGGCGUGCCCGCAGACCCCGUGCAAUCCGCCAAAAGCAGCAGCUCCAGUCCGCCUCCUGGGCAGAUCCUGACGGGCAAGCAGGAGCACUACCUCAAGCGUGAGCUCAUCAGCUGCCAGGUGCGGCAUGAGAUCUCCGAGCUGUCCUCCCCGACCGCUCUGCGCCGCUUUGGGGCCCCCUUCAAAUCGGAUUAUGGCGAGGUGGCCCCGGUCGAUUCGGACUUGCCCAUCUUGCGCUACAUCUUCGUUCACCACAUCCGCAACUUUCCCUUCCUCGACAAGGCUCACGAGAAGGAGUUUUGGCAGGAUCGGCUGCAGGUGUUCCUCGAAUCCUUCGCAAACAAGCACAUUUCAUCCUCCGAGGAUCGCCUGGAAGAGACGAAGCGCCGGAAGCUGGCCAAGAAAUGCGAGAAGGUGGUCGAGCUGAUGAUGGUGUCGGGCAUUCCGACCGCAUCGGGAUACGAAGAGCGCAUCAGGUUCUCCGAGAUGGAGGUUGUCGAUCGCGGCGCCAAUGAACAGGGAUUGCUUGUCAACAUGCCUGACGGGCAUGCCAUCAAUGGAUGGGAUGUCAAUGUCGCCGCCGUCAGGACCACGUCGGUGAAGCGCACCGUCCGAUAUCAUCAGCACGCAGAAUUUAUUCUCCGCGUUCGUCGCGCUGGGAAACCCGAUAUCUACGUGGCCAGGCGAUAUGGGGAAUUUGCCAAAUUGCACAAGCGAUUACGCGCCGAGCUGCCAGGCAGGAUGCUCCCGCCUCUCCCCAGAAAGAAUAAGAAUUCCGUAACCACCAGCUUCUGGGGCUCCGGGGACGAUGAUAUGUCGUCAAUAUCGUCUGUGUCAACCCAGGAGCCAGGAUCUCAAGAAGAUGGGCCGCCCAGCUCCGACCGAUUGAGUUUACCAGUCGGGACUCACAAGCGCUCGCUAUCCAGGUCCUCUUCACGCUCGAGGUCUAUCAAAUCGCCCAGAGCGUCAGGGGACUUUUCUCGUGAGAAGGUGGUCCUGUACCGGGAGGAACAGAGGGUGUCGUUGCGCGCAUUUCUCCGGACCAUCCUGCAGAACAAGCGCGUGGCAGAAUCCAAAGCCGUGGAGGAGUUCCUGACCGCGCGGCCAAUUACCCUCAAUGAGGAAGAAAUGCUGGACGUCCAACGGAGGAAGGAAGCCGACGCCGCACGAAUCGAGGAGCAAAAACGGUUCUACGAGAUCGCCCGACAGCGUGCCGCUGAAUUGGACGUUUACAUGGAGAAAUUCCGGCGGGACAUCGUCGAGAGAAAUGGUUUAACCAAACUGUUCUCCGAAAUCCGGGAAAAGCCCACGAUCCAGGAUCUGAGUCCGGAAUAUCAGAAAUUCGCCGAAUGGCUACGCAUCGAGGUUGCUGCGACGAUCUACCAUCUUUUCCUGGCCGAAGAUAAUUCCCCAGAGCUGUUCGCCCAGGCCAAGAGGAUCCAUUCCCUAAUUCCCUAUACACUACUGAAGAAUGUCAUUCGCAUCGCCAACCCGGCCGCAGUCAUGUCCGGCGUUCUUGAUCUGUUUCUCGCCCAGCCGUUCGGUUCUCGUUCUCUGCUCCAACGCAUCUUCUCCAUGACCUUGAAUGACGGGAUCCGAUCGUUCCAGAAGCCGAUUGACGCAUUGGUUGCGAAGAUCGAGGACCCAGUCUUGACUCAGAAGUUGAAAAAUUUCGUCGAUGCCGAUGAGUCCGUUAAAGUUAUGAUUCGCGAGGAAGCCAAAGCGGAGGACGUAGAUCUCCUCGUCGCCAUUCUUCGAUCGGACCUCAUCUCCCCCGAGAUUACCUCAGAGCAGGUCGGCAAGAUAUUCAACGGCUACGUGGCGUGGAACAAUGCCGUCGAGAAUGUUGAUCUCGAAAUGAAACAAGGCGCGCAAUGGUUCGCAUACCUGAAGCAGCUGCUCAAGCUCUAUACCCGUCAACGGGACAAGGCGAUGAUGCUGAGCAUGAUCGAAGAGUUCGCUGAUGAUGCCAUUUCGGUGAUUGAAAAGGCGCAGCGACAAGAUGUCUCGGCCGAUCCGAACCAGACGGUACAGGCCUUUAUCGAUCUCUGCGCCCGACACGAACACAACUUUUACAAGUUUGUGCACGAGGUGCAUAUCCAUGACAAUGGCCUUUUUGGGUCGCUGAUGUCCUGGCUCGAGGACAUUCUCGAGUUCUUACGGAAGGGGCCUCGGGGCGGCAAACUCGACAUCAAUGCCCUCUUCCAAGGGGCUGUGGAGGCCAAGCAGAUCGACAAGGAUAUUGCUCUCCGGGAAAUCAAUGCCCUCGUCAAGUGGCAAGAGGACCGGAAGAAGUGGCAUCACCGCAAAACCCGGCAAAAGAUGGCGGCGGACGGGACGGGCAGCGACUCGAUCCCCGGCAGCGCGACGUUCCGGGGCAGUGACUUUGGCUUGGAUGAGGCCGAUCUCGAAGAUCUGGCCAUCGCAGAUGAGGAGUCGGACGAAUCGGACGAGGACACGGAGGAUGACGACCUCGAUCCGAUUGCGGCCGAGCGCAAACGACGGGCCCGCAAACAGGACCAUCUCCGCCGCAGUGCUGGAGAGCCUGUAAAGCCGGAGGUCCGCGAAGUUCUCAAGUUGCAAGACUCGUUCCGGGCGAUGCUCCGGCAGGUUCUGGCCGACUAG